AUGUCAACUUUCAGAAAAGUCAUAGGGGUCAAUGAUUCACCUGCCAUUAUCAUCCCAGGAGCAGAGACCGUGACCUUGACAUACAGAGACCUGAGUUCGCUAAUUGCACAAUUCCAGCAGCUAUUUUACGCAGAACCAUUGAGAUCAAUUGCACCUCUUCAAUCGGCAAUUGCGAUCUCUUUGCCGAAUAGUUUGGAGUUUGCUGUUUCGUUUCUGGCUACUACCACUGCUGGCCGCAUAGCUGCCCCGCUCAACUCCAACUACAAGAAGGAGGAGUUUGACUUUUAUCUCGAGGAUCUUAAGGCGCCUGCUGUUGUGGUCAAGAAAGGAACCCAUCUGGACACUGGUCUUGAGAUUUGCAAGUCUGCUAAGGCAAACAAGGCGAAACUGAUCGAGAUAUGGUGGGACCACUCAUUGAGAAGGCUGGAGUUCGAGGUGUACCAUGAAAAGUUUCUAACUGUGGAAUAUACCUCCAUUGGAAAACCCACCUUACAAAAUCAUGCGGUUGAGCUUCCUGGAAACUGUUCUCCGGGCGAUGUAGCCAUGAUAUUGCACACAUCUGGAACCACUGGAAGACCCAAGGCUGUUCCCUUGACCCACUUGAAUAUCGUGACCUCUAUGAAGAACAUCACACACACAUACGACCUCAGCCCCUCAGAUAGGACAUACCUGGUGAUGCCAUUAUUCCAUGUUCAUGGCCUGAUUGGUGCAUUUCUUUCCACACUUUAUUCGGGUGGUUCUGUGAUUAUUCCACCAAAGUUUUCAGCCCACCUGUUCUGGGACGAUUUCAUUGAGUAUAGGGCGAAUUGGUACUCUGCUGUUCCCACCAUCCACAUGAUCCUGUUGAACACAAAAGUGCCCGAGCAUUUGCCCAAAAUCAGAUUCAUCAGAUCCUGUUCCAGUGCGCUUGCUCCCCCCACGUUUCACAAGCUAGAGGCGACAUUUAAGGCCCCAGUUCUGGAGGCUUAUGCCAUGACCGAGGCUGCCCAUCAGAUGACCUCCAACAACCUUCCUGGAAAGGGACUAGAACGGUCCCCAGGUACCAUUGGGGUUGGUCAAGGAGUAGAAGUGAUCAUUCUAGACGAUGACGGAUACGCUGUUCCCGAGGGAGUUGUCGGUGAAGUGUCUAUAUGUGGAUCCAACGUUACGUCCGGCUACAUCAACAACGAGAAGGCCAACCGGGAGGCAUUCACGUUUGUCCAUUCUAAGGGAAAGCAAUUCUUCCGCACUGGCGACCAGGGAAAAAUUGAACGCGGUUAUGUUAUCUUGACUGGGAGAAUUAAGGAGUUGAUCAAUCGUGGUGGUGAGAAGAUAUCGCCCAUUGAGUUGGAUGGAGUCAUGUUGGGCCAUCCAGAUGUAGACGAGGCUGUUGCCUUUGGAGUUGACGAUGCCAAAUAUGGUCAAGUUGUUCAUGCUGCGAUAGUACUAAAGCCUGGCUCUAAACUAACAGACAAGCAACUUCACGAGUACUUGAGUACGAAACUUUCAAGUUUCAAAGUUCCUCAGAGGUUCUAUUUUGUCAGUAAGUUGCCAAAGACGGCUACUGGUAAGAUUCAAAGGAGAAAGAUGGUUGAUGCAUUUGUGAAGCCAAAGUUGUGA